ACGUUGAACAGCCAAGAUCAGUCUACCAAACAAGCAACAAUCCAACUAAACAGCAAAAUGGCCUACGAAACUCUGAUGAACACCACCACCACCUACAGUCCUGUCUGCCAGAAGAAGACCUACACCCCCGCCAAGGCCAUGAGGAAGAUCUUCAAGGUGGCCUGCAAACUCUUCAAGGCAUCGGGUCACCAGCAACUGAAGGAGCUCCCACUCCCCACGCCCACCUCCGAUGAGGAGCUGCAGAACUCGCAGAACGAGAAACUGGAAGCCGAGCUCGUCCAACUGUGAUGUAGGAAAAUGGGAAAUCCGAAAAUGGGAAAACCCACUUCCCAAUCAGCUUUAAAGACUCCAACGGAAUCGGUCUCUAAACAUCCGCAACAGCUUUAACUCUCCACACUGUGCAAGUGGACAUUUUAAAAUGCAUAAAUAUCCAGCUUUAAUCAUUGUCUUCCAUCUAUGUUUAAGAGUAUGAAUAAAUACAUAAUAUUAAUA